ACGUUUGGCAGUCUACAAACCAGUCCUCAUCAUGGCGCUGUGGUCGGAAACUACGACCGUGUACAAAGUGGGAAUUGUUGGAAUCGUCCUAAGUUUUGUCGUCUUCGUCGUUGGGUUCGGGACACCAGCGUGGUUUGAAAUUUCUGGGGUUUCUGUUGAGUACACGUACGGACUGUGGCAAAUUUGUGUACGAACAGACAUAUAGUCGGUUUGUAUGGUGGUUCCUUUUGAUUAUAUUCGGGGCAUUGAAAUCGUAGCAUGUGUGUUUCACCUGGCCUCAACUCUCUGUGCAUUGCUUAAACAAUGUUGUUCUAACUCUAGACCGACUGGGAUCGUUGUCCUUGGAAUUAUAGCAGGAAUUAUUGGCCUUGUUGGAGAAGCAAUUUUCGGGUCCAUUGGAAUCGCAGGUCAGAUAACAGCUGCACAAAGCAGUCAUGUGACGGCCCAUUUAUCGUGGUCAUUUGCGCUGUCUGUUGUCGGGUCUGUGCUGAUUCUAAUAUUUUCUGUCAUUGUUGGAAUCAGCAGUAGCCAGUCUAACCCAGGCCAAGUGGUGACCAGUUCUUCCAACCAGAACACGCACGAGCUAGCAGGAUACCAACCAGGUCACCAGCCGGGUCUUCAGCACGCUGCUCAACAGCCGGGUCUUCAGCACGCUGCUCAACAGCCGUAUCAACCACAAUACCAACCACAGUAUCAAACACAGAAUCAACCACAGAAUCAACCAUACUAUCAACCACAGAGUCAACAACGAUAUUAA